ACUUGCAACUUUCACUUGCGCUCUCUUGGCACAGAGAGAGAGAGAGAGAGAGAGAGAGACGAGAGGCGCACGUUAACUAUCCUUCACCUCUGAGUGCUGUCCAUAAUCACCUCCUUUCCUUUAGGUUUCUUUUCUUCUUCUACGUUACAGGAUAUUGUUUUAGAGGAUUAAAAUUAAAUAGUAAAAAAGGUAAGCCAAGUUUCUUUAUACCGACUUCAAACCAAUGGCGCAAUCGCGAGUUUUAUUUUGUUCUAGUUUUUUCUUGUUGUACAAAUUUGAUUGUUUAAAAGUGGAAUUUUUACGUCCCUUGAACAUUGAUUUUCUGUGUUAAUUUCUUUGCGAUAUUUUUGAAUUUUCGUCUCAAAUUUGUUUCUGGUAAGUUCAUAAUCUCACUGUUUUCAGUGUCACUGUUGCAUUAAUUGCCUGCAGUUUUAUCAAUUGAGAUAUGGGUUGAUUUCUUCUUUUCUGCUAUUAUAUAUUGAAUGCAGCUUAUUUUCAUGUGAACUGAUACUAGAAAAUAAGACUACUUACCGUUCUGGAGUUACUUCUUCAGAAAAGUUUGGGGUUCUCUCGAUUUUGACAGAUUGUCUUUUUAAUAAUUAAUUUGCCUUAAUUCUGCUGUUUGGCUGCCUAGAAAGUGACUGGAAAUUGAUAGAAAACGGAGUUUUAAAGCCAAAUGUUUAUUGUUGAUUUUUUAUUUUCGGAGAAAAUGGAAGUUCUUUUUCACUUUUUUUUUCCCUUUGGAAUUUGAUGGCGGUAGAAGCAAAAACAUGAAUUAAAUUGUAUUAUAGUUGUGUCUUCAAUCGCACACGUCUAGCGAGUAAGAAAAAGGAGUAAAAGAACGCCAAGAAUCACAUUAUACUGUUAGAUGGUUUUGGCAACAUAUGGAUGUACAUAAAAUAGUUUGUCACUUACAUUUGAAACUUCUUUUAUAUCCUUCUCUUGGCUGAGUCUCUUCCUUACUCUUUCAUCUUCUUGUAAAGUUUGCACCAACUAGGUAGGUUAGGUAGCUGCAAGAAACAUGGCACUGAGCAAAUAAAAGAGGAGGACCCUUCUAUAUUAUUUUCCUUCCCUAUAGAAGGCUUGGAGAAGCUUGAACAAUGGAUAUCUGAGAGAAAAGUUGUGACGCCAACCUAUAAAAUACCUGUGCACCAUGUCAAGGCAAGGUCAGCUUCCUCCUCGAUGCCCAUUUAAAAAGACUCCAAGUUCUCACCCAGCCCAUAACACCAUCUCUAUCUCUCCGACAAACGUCCAAUCACAUCUUGGACAUCACAAGUCUUCCUUCCAAAGUUCUAUACCAGAGGAGGAGGACGAGCAAUCAUGGGUUGAUGAUUUGUUGAGUGAUCCAAAUGUGAAUUCCAAUGGAAAUUUCCAUCGUCGGUCAGCUAGUGAUUCGGUCACUCUUGUGGAUGGUAUCGUGGAUUCAUUUGCAGGUCUGAAUCCUGCCAAUGGUGAAAGGGAUUUGAUGGCUAAUGAAACUUGUAAUCGGUUGGAGUCUGCUUGUAUUUAUGGUCCCCAUUCCCCUAGGAAAAGAAACAACUCCACCUUUUUAGGGAAUGCUUUAGCACUGGCUUUUUCAGAAUGUAUUCCUCAGAAGCCCCUGAAAUGUGCCCAAGAGUCUACCUGUGUUUCUGGAGUUACUCAUUCAGAUUCAAGAGAAGAUGCUUGUCAAUCACUUGAUGUCCCCAGUGAUGAGAUCAAGACAUCAAAAAGUAUCUUGAAACACUGUGAUAUGAGGCGUAAAUCCUGUUUGCAUGAGCUUGCUUCAUGUCAAGUGCCUAUACGCUGUUCUGGAAAUCUAUGUUAUAUCCCAGCAGGAAUCAUCCAAGCAUCAAUCAUCCUGCACCUUUAUCUUCUCCUGUCACAUUGCACAAACAGAAGACUUUUAUGUUUAUGAAUUCAUGAUAUUAACAAGUUUAAUUUUUUCAUUGAGUCUCUUGGGCACUUGCUUUAUCUUCCAUUGAACUGAUUUUAUUGAUGUCAUAUCUAAUAUAGAAUACAUUUAAGCAAUUUUUACAUGUAUCUAUUAUUAGUUUUUUUUUUUUGAAAUAAAUGUAUCUAUUAUUAUUUACCAAAAAAAUUUCAAAUUCUGAUGUUAAUUCGAAAAUAAAUGUUUGGUUCGCAUAAUUGAUUAGUUUUCAUAUUAUCUUAAGAGGGAGUUUUUGGAUUUUAGAAAGUUGCUACAGCUAAUUGCACGUUAAUAGCAUAAGCAGUCAUUUUCCUUUUAUAAGAAAGUGUGAGCAUAGGCAAUCAUAUCACACCUCGCAUGAUAGAAGUACUUAAAUGAGAAAUGGGUUUUCAGAAUCAGAAUAAAUACCGCUAUUUCCCAAACAAAGUUCAGAUCUCAGCCAGAAAUUGAUACAUCUGGAUCAAUAUAUGAAUAAUGGUUGAAUACUGAAAGGUUUCGUGUUCAACCUGGUUUGUCCGCACUACCAAUCUCAACACGGAUAUUCCUUAUCCAAUAUUUUGAAGAGUCAACGAUUCUUAUCCAUACUUUACCCUUGAAAGUCCAGCUCCCAGGCCUUUUUUGAGCUUGUAAGAGUUAAAGAUGCGUCCUUUUUUUUAAAAUAAAAAGUGUAAUACCACUCAUAUACAAAAGAUUUACAAAUGUGUUAGAGUGUCAAUGAUAAUCUCAAAAUCCAUAUCACUGUUAAUGUCAUAAUCUAACAAAAUAAAAUCAAAAUAGUGGAGUCAUUUGUUCCCUAACCUAUACAGGUCAGUUUCUAUAUUCUCAAAUGCUCUACAAAGGUAUUAGAAUGUCAAUAACAAUCUCAAAAUCCACAUCACUGCUAAUGUCAUGACCUAAUAAAAUAAAACUAAAAUAGUAGAGUCGUUUGUCUCUUAAUCUAUACAGGUCAGUUCUAUACUCUGAAAUGUUCUACAAUUUCGUUCCUUCCAAAGGAUCCAAAAAACAGUCAAUGGAAUCAUCAUUACAGUGUGUUUCUUUUUCUAGUAAGACCAUCCCAAGCCCACACCUCAUCACUAACAAAGUCUGCAAUCACCCAAUGUAUUCCCAUCAAUCCGUAAAUCAUUGUCCAAAACUCAUAGGCCACAGGGCACCACAGCAGCAAAUGUUUACACGCUUCCUCAGCCUUCUUGCAUAAGAAGCAUCUGUUUACUAGCACCUGGCCUCUAGAUUCCAGCUUGUCUAAAGUAAGAAUACAUUCUCUGCAAGCUUCCCAACCAAAAACUGCGAUUCUAGGAGGUACCCAGGUUUUCCAGAUCUGUAAGGCAGGGAGGGUAUGGCUUCUACUCAACUCUUCCCUCAUAAUGUGAUUAUAACAGGAUUUGACCGGAUAAAAGCCCCAUCCUUUUCCAAUUUCCAUUUCACCUGGUCUCUCACAGAACCAAUCUGUUGGGCAGCCAAACUCUGAAGGAAUUCAAAGGUACUCACCCACAUCCCAGUCAUUUAAGUUUCUAUUAACAUUGAUCAUCCACUCAAUGAGGUCGUUAACUUCUCUAUAGGCUUCUUCAAUAACCAAAUUUCUAGACUGUGCAAUUGGAAAAAUUCUAGGGAAUCUGGUGUUGAAGCUUCCCCCAUCAAUCCACUCAUCAUACCAGAAUUUUAUUCUAUCCCCUCUGCCAAGUUACCAGCAAAAACAGUCCCUGAAGCGAGGCCACAGGAAGAGAAUAUUCUUCCAUAACCCGAGACCGUGGGGCUUUCUGCUACCACUUCCAGCACUGUAAGUGUAAUGUUUUGGUAUGUUGAGUAUUUAAAAAGGGAAAUUUAUGUGUGUGUGCAGUAUUUUACCAAGAAGGGGCUGGUGGAAGCAGAAUCAAAUCAUAAGAGAGAGUGCGGGUUUGGGAAUAACAGGAUGGACGAUAGAGAUCAUGUAGAGGAUUUCAAUGGUUCGGAUUGAGCCGGGACGAGUAUAAAAAGAAAGUAUUGAGCUGAAGAAAAGAAAAAAAAAGGGAAAAAGAGAAAGAAAAAGGGAGAGAAAGACGAAGAGAGGGAGAAGGAUUGAGAAGAGUGAAGGAAAUCGCGACGGAAACCGGCUAGGGACAACGAGAUUGGAGAGAAAUUCUACCGAACCAGAGAGAGAUGGAAACCAGAGGUAAAUAAAUUUUGAACUUAAAUUUUUGUGUUAGCAAUGUGUGUAUUUGUUAGGGCUCAAUUUGAGUUAGAUCGUGAUGUACUGAGUGGAAGAAUAGAGAGAGCAGGGGGGAAUUGAUCGCUUGAGAUCGCUCAUAGAGCGAUCAAUAAGGAAAACGUGGAGAAGGAUUAGUGUGAAACUCGAUGGUGAAGGAGAGCUAGGUGC